AUGAGAGUUGAUAUCGAUAUCGUACUCAGCGAUACCCAAAACCUGACCCUAGAUUUCCGAGACCUAUCUACAUCGAUGUAUCUGACAGAUUCCUAUGUCAACAGGAGUCUCGAGCUAAAUGAGACUACCAACGACUUGAUUUAUUCCAACCAAUUUCGAGACGACCCUAUAAUCGUAUUUCUGGUUAUUUUAAAAUGUCUUACCAUGCUGUUUAUCAUUUUGGCUGCAAUAUUUGGAAAUCUACUUGUUAUAGUCUCUGUAAUGAGACACAGGAAACUGAGGGUUAUCACAAAUUACUUUGUCGUAUCAUUGGCGUUGGCUGAUAUGUUGGUAGCGAUUUGGGCAAUGUGCUUUAACUUCAGUGUCGAGAUAACAAAUGGACAGUGGCUUUUUGGAUACUUCAUGUGUGAUGUUUGGAACUCAUUAGAUGUAUAUUUUUCAUCGGCAUCGAUAUUACAUUUAUGUUGUAUAAGUGUUGAUAGAUACUACGCCAUUGUUCAACCUUUGGAUUAUCCUUUGAUCAUGACGACGAGCAAGCUUGGCAUUAUGUUGGCUGUAGUUUGGUGCAGUCCAGCUUUGGUAUCCUUCCUCCCAAUUUUCAUGGGAUGGUAUACUACUCUUGAGCAUCUGGAUUUUAGGAAAAGACAUCCGAAAGUGUGUAGUUUCACAGUGAACAGAGUGUACGCAGUGAUAUCCAGCAGUGUCAGUUUUUGGAUUCCCGGUGUGAUUAUGCUGUUUAUGUACUACCGAAUAUAUGUUGAAGCUGAUCGACAGGAGAGAAUGCUUUAUAGGAGCAAAGUAGCAGCUCUCCUCUUGGACAAACACCUGCAAAUCAACGGCAUAUCUGUAGGAGAAGUUAUGAGAGAGCGUCAGAGCAUCCAGAUGCAGCCGAUGGCUAGCAAUAAGAUGAAGAGGGAGAGAAAAGCGGCGAGAACCCUUGGAAUUAUAAUGAGCGCCUUCUUAGCUUGCUGGCUGCCAUUCUUUUUGUGGUAUAUAAUAACCGCUCUCUGCGGUGAGGCCUGCCCAUCGCCGCCAUCAGUAGUAGCAGCUGUCUUUUGGUUCGGCUACUUCAAUUCAGCUCUCAAUCCUCUAAUCUACGCGUACUUCAAUAGGGACUUCAGAGCUGCUUUCAGGAAGACAUUGGACUCAUGCUGCAGAUCGCUUUGUGGCAACAUCGGUCGCCGUUACUGCCACCAACAAAGGAGGGAACAUCACUCGAACGCGUCUUCUGAGAUACAUAUGAACAAUUGUAUCAAAUCCACAUCUGCUGACCCUCUUCGACAACUGGCAUCAUGCUCAAAACCCGAUGAUCUCGCUAUACGAACU